GGAGACCGUUUCUUGUUGAGAUUGGCCGUUAGCUGUCACAUGAUCUACCUCCCUUCUCGUACAGUAUGGCUUCUACCAGCUGCCCUGCUAUAACCUGUCAAGGGAUGUGAAUCUCUACAGUUGAGAGAAUAACUGUGCAGGGCAUGAACAUUCUGCACCUGAUCAAUAAGAUCAGCAGCAUGAGGUCCUACCAAGGAGUUCUGCUGCUGGCCGCUGCGCUGGCGGUGUUUGCGUUCUAUUAUUUGGGCUCUGGCAAGGAGAACUUCUCCAGCACCACAAGAAGGAUUAAGGAGAGCAGAGCUGCUCAGAGCACCAGCGCAGAGCUUGACAUUUCAUCUGAGUUCAAGAUGGGCGAAGGUAAAAGCAAGAAUCUGGAGAGCAGAGAGGUGAUGGACUACCACCUUCUAAUGAUGUUUACCAAGAUUGACAAGAGCCCAGGGCUCAGGAGCAAGUUUCAGGUGGCUUUGAGCUCCCUAGUUAAAUAUGGAAAGUUUGAGAGUAACGAGAUCCUCAGUCUUCACUUUGUUUCUGAUGAACCAAGCAAAGACAUUGGUAAAACUGUGCUGAGGGAUCUGCUUCAGGGGGCCAGAUUCAAGUACAAGGUCAUAUUCCAUGAUGUUAAUGUGCUCACGGAGAAGCUGUUUCCAAUAGUUGAAGCAAUGCAGAAACACUUCAGUGCUGGAUCUGGAGCUUACUAUAGCGACUCCAUCUUUUUCCUGUCUGUGGCUCUUCAUCGUAUUAUGCCAAAAGAAAUAACAAGGAUCAUUCAACUGGACCUAGAUCUGAAGUUCAAGACCAACAUCAGAGAACUGUUUGAAGAAUUUGACAACUUUCUUCAUAAUUCAGUGAUUGGAAUAGCCCAGGAAAUGCAGCCUGUAUACAGACAUACGUUUUGGCAGUACCGCAGAGAGAACCCAAAGACCAAGGUUGGUGACCCACCACCCAACGGUAUGCCUGGGUUCAACAGUGGAGUGAUGUUGUUACACCUGGAAGCCAUGCGCCUAUCAAGCCUCUACAACCAGCUUCUAGAACCUGAGUCUGUGCGGCAACUGACAGAUAAAUACCAUUUUAAUGGCCAUCUUGGAGACCAGGAUUUUUUCACCAUGAUUGGAAUGGAACACCCAGAACUUUUCUAUGUUCUUGAUUGUGGAUGGAACCGACAGCUCUGCACAUGGUGGAAGGAUCAUGGCUACAGUGAUAUUUUUGAAGAAUACUAUAGUUGUGAUAGUCAUAUCAAAAUAAUUCAUGGCAACUGCAACACACUAAUUCCAGAGGACUAGAAGUUCCUUACAGUGGCUAUAAACCUUUUCUGUCACAUCUUGAGAUGGAUGCUUUGCAUUUUGUUGUUUGGAUAUGACAUGAGAAUUAUAAUGUAUUAAAUACAAUACUAAACAAAAAAAGUUUUGCAUUUCCCA